CCUCCUCCUCCUCUCUCUCAGGCCUCCUCCUCCUCUUGCUCUCAGGCCUCCUCCUCUUCCUCCUCCUCCUCCUCUCUCGCAGGCCUCCUCCUCCUCCUCUUGCUCUCGGGCCUCAGGGGGGUUCUUCUGUUGACGUGAGCGCGCCGGCCACUAGGAGGCGCAGUGGACGCACGAGAGCGCAACGUGUCCGGGCACGCGCAGCCGUAGCGGCGGCAGCGGAACGCUCCUCCCGCCCGGCGGCAGAGCGCACCGAGCCGCCGUGGAAGAGCUCAGUGGAACAGUUCACGUCUCAUCCCCGGGGAGUGUGUAGAAUGCGUCAGCCUUCUCUCCGCGGGUACAGGAAGCUUCCAAGGUGUCACUGAGAGAGAGAGAGAGCGCGCUCAGAAGACAUGGCAGCCUCUGAACUCUACUCCAAAUAUGCCCGUGUAUGGCUCCCAGAUGCAGCAGAAGUGUGGAAGUCAGCAGAGCUUGUCAGAGACUACACUCCUGGAGACCCGACGCUGUCCCUGCAGCUGGAGGAUGGCACGGAGGUGGAAUAUAAAAUAGACCCGAAAACCAACAACCUGCCACCGCUAAGAAACCCCAACAUCCUGGUGGGGGAAAAUGAUCUCACGACUCUCAGCUACCUCCACGAGCCUGCAGUGCUGCACAACCUCAAAGUGCGCUUCAUCGACUCCAAGUUGAUUUACACGUACUGUGGAAUUGUCCUGGUUGCCAUAAAUCCCUAUGAGAGCCUGCCCAUCUAUGAAGCUGACAUCAUCAAUGCCUACAGUGGGCAGAACAUGGGGGACAUGGACCCCCAUAUAUUUGCAGUGGCAGAGGAAGCAUACAAACAGAUGGCCAGUGAUGGAAGAAGCCAGUCCAUCAUAGUGAGUGGUGAGUCUGGCGCUGGCAAAACCGUCUCUGCUAAGUAUGCUAUGCGCUACUUUGCCACCGUCAGCUGCUCCUCUGGUGAGGCCAGUGUUGAGGAUCGAGUCCUUGCCUCCAGCCCCAUCAUGGAGGCCCUCGGGAACGCCAAGACGACAAGGAACGACAACAGCAGUCGCUUUGGGAAGUACAUUGAGAUUGGGUUUGACAAGAAGCAUUGUAUCAUUGGGGCUAACAUGAGAACCUACUUACUGGAAAAGUCCAGAGUCGUGUUUCAGGCCCAUGGAGAAAGAAACUACCAUAUAUUCUAUCAGCUGUGUGCCUCUUCACAUUUACCAGAGUUCAAAGCCUUAAAGUUAGGUUGCACAGAUGACUUCCACUGUACUAACCAGGGUCAGAGCCCAGUCAUAGAUGGAGUUGAUGAUGCCAAAGAGAUGUGCAAUACCAGGAGGGCUUUCUCACAGUUAGGAAUCUGUGAGAGUGAUCAAAUGGAAAUUUACCAAAUUAUGGCUGCAAUUCUCCACCUUAGCAACGUGGAGAUAAAAGAUCAGAGAGCAGACAGAAGCAACAUCUUGCCAGAUAAUGUCCACCUGGUGGUGUUUUGUGAACUGACGGGGGUGCCGUGUGAAGAAAUGGCCCACUGGUUAUGUCACAGGAAACUCAAGACGACCACAGAAACCUACGUGAAGCCUAUCCCCAAAAUAAAUGCGAUCAAUGGCCGGGACGCCCUAGCUAAACACAUCUAUGCUAAACUCUUCAGCUGGAUUGUGGGCAAUAUUAACUAUGCUUUAAAAUCUGCAGCAAAACAACACUCAUUCAUUGGUGUUCUGGACAUUUACGGGUUUGAAACAUUUGAUGUCAACAGCUUUGAACAGUUUUGCAUCAAUUAUGCCAAUGAGAAGCUUCAGCAACAGUUCAACCUGCAUGUCUUCAAACUGGAGCAAGAGGAGUACUUGAAAGAGGAGAUCUCCUGGACCUUGAUAGACUUCUCUGACAACCAGCCGUGCAUUAAUCUAAUUGAGGCCAAGUUGGGUAUCCUGGACCUUCUCGACGAGGAAUGCAAGAUGCCCAAAGGCUGUGACGACACAUGGGCCCAGAAAAUGUAUAACACCCUCCUGAAGCAGAAUGUUCACUUUGAUAAACCCAGGUUAUCAAAUAGAGCUUUCAUCAUCCACCACUUUGCAGACAAGGUGGAGUACCAGUGUGAGGGCUUCCUGGAGAAAAACAAGGACACAGUCAACGAGGAGCAGAUAAAUGUGCUGAAAAACAGCAAGUUUGACUUGCUGCUGAAACUGUUCGAAGAUGAUGAGAAGGCAACGAGUUCUACAAACAAACCCACUGGCAACAUUGGAAGGGCUGGUCCGAGUCGGAGGGAUAACAAGAAGACCGUUGGACUGCAGUUUCGACAGUCUCUACAGAUGCUGAUGGAAACAUUAAAUGCUACGACUCCUCACUACGUGCGCUGCCUUAAGCCUAACGACCAUAAAGCUCCAUUCACCUUGGACCCUGUGAGGGCGGUGCAGCAGCUGCGGGCGUGUGGCGUCCUCGAGACAAUCCGGAUCUCAGCAGCAGGCUUCCCAUCUAGAUGGACCUACCAAGAAUUCUUCAGUCGUUAUCGGGUCCUCAUGAAGCAAAAAGAUGUUCUGCGUGAUAGAAAACAGACAUGCAAAAAUCUCCUGGAAAAACUUGUUAAGGAACAGGAUAAGUAUCAGUUUGGCAAAAACAAGAUCUUCUUCAGGGCUGGUCAGGUGGCCUAUCUGGAAAAGCUGCGUUCUGACAAGCUGCGUAUGGCCUGUGUCAGCAUGCAGAAGACAAUCCGCUGCUGGUUGGGCCGUAAAAAGUACUUGAGGAUGAGGGAAUCCGCCAUCACCAUACAGAGACAUGUACGGGGCCACCAGGCACGCUGUUAUGUUAAGGGUCUGCGAAGAACCGGAGCAGCUGUUGUCAUUCAGAAGAACGUGCGUAUGUGGGUGAAUAGGAGACGCUACCAGCAGCAGCGCUCCGCAGCCAUCACCAUCCAGUGCUUCUUGAGGGCCUACAUGGCCAGAAAGCAGUAUUAUAAGUUGAUGUUUGAGCAAAAGGCUGUGGUCAUCCAGAAGUGGGUGAAAGGCUGGCUGUCCAGACUGCGCUACAAACGCACCAUGGCAGCUAUCGUCCUGCUGCAGAGCUGCGUGCGUCGCAUGCAGGCCAAGAAGGCAUUAAAGAAGCUGAAAGUGGAGGCCCGCUCUGUUGAGCACUUUAAGAAGCUCAACUUUGGCAUGGAGAACAAAAUUAUGCAGUUGCAGCACAAGAUAAAUGAUCAGCAAAAGGAAAACAAAGAGCUCCGUGAGAGGCUGAGUGCUGUCGAGAAGACUCAGACUAUGGAGAGAGAGAGACAGAGCAGAGAGACUGAAAGCCUCCGUAGAUCAGAACAGGAGGCCAGAGCCAAAGCACAAACUCUUCCCUCACUACUGGAGCAGCUCUCCUUCCUGCAGCAUGAGUUAGAAAACACCCGGAGGGAGAAAGACGACCUGGAGGAGCAGACAAAAUUCUACAAGGAGCAGACUCAACAGAUGGUUGAAGAGCUGAAUAUGAAGAACAGCUUGUUGAGCAGUGAGAAAGAGGAAAUGAACACACUAAUCAUUGAACAAGCCCAAAAGCUAACAGAGAUUAAAACCAACGUUGAGAACACAAAACAGGUAGAGAAGGACCUAACUGAUGAACGCUCCCGCUACCAAGGUCUGCUAAGUGAACACCUGCACCUGGAGGAGCGGCAUAGAGACUUGAAAGAAAAGAUGGAUCUCAGCAUUAGUUCAAGCAAAUCUGGUCACAAGAGGACAGACUCCAACUACAGCAGUAACUCAUCCGAGUUUAGUCAGAGCUUAGGUUCUACAGAAGGAGAAGACAGCUCUAUUCCAACAGAGGAUGAGGCCCAGCCCACAGUGGACCUGCCUGUUCUUCUGAAGCUCCAGAGAAGAGUGAACGAACUGGAGCAGGAGAAACAGUCACUAUGGCAAAAGCUGGAUACGAGGGAAGAAGCCCAACAAGAGAAGGCAAAGGAGGUGGAGGAGCAGAAAACUGUUGGCAGAGCAGAACUGGAUUUGGAAACACUGAAGAGGCAAGAGUUUGAGUCUGAGAACAGGAAGCUGAAGCAGGACCUAAAUGAGCUGCGAAAGUCUCUGACCAAUGAGAGCAGUGAAUUGGCGCCUCCUGCACCUGGUACUCUGCCCUACGACGUACUGCUAGAACAACUCACUUCUUCCAAUGAUGAGCUGGAGAUGCGGAAAGAGGAAGUGCUACUCCUUCGAUCGCAUAUGGUCCGCCAAGAAGCUCUUAAACAUAAGGACUCUCCACUGGGAGAAAGUGUGAAGUUGGAUCUCCGUGAAAUGCCCUCAUUUCAAGAUGGUGACAGACCCCUUGACAUCUACACACUGAACGAAGACGGAGAGCUAUGGCUGGCUUAUGAAGGCUUGAAAGAGACCAACAGGUUCCUGGAGGGUCAGAUGCAGGAGCAGGAACGUGUUCACAGUGAGAGGUGUGGGAAGCUGCUUCAGGAGGUGGACAAGUUGAAGGUUGAAAAGGAGCAGCAGCAGAAGCUGCUGGCUCAGAGCCUCCUCCUGCCCGAAGAUGCCCGAAUUGAGGCAAGCCUGCAGCACGAGAUCCUACGGCUCACCAAUGACAACCUGGAACUCCGGGACCAGCAAGAAAAACAAGACAAAACCAUACGCAAGUUGAAAAAGCAGCUUAAAUUUUUCAUGAAAAAAGUUGGCGAAUUUGAAGCGAGCACUCAGCAAAUGAACAGUGCCUCCACCAUGAAUGCUCCCAUCAGAGCAAUUAAUAUCACUCGUAAGGAGAAAGAGUACAAGGGCAUGUUGGAGUACAAGGAGGGUGACGAGAACCGCUUGCUUAAAAAUCUGGUUGUAGACCUGAAGCCCCGCGGUGUAGCAGUCAGCUUCCUUCCUGGGCUUCCAGCCUACAUCGUCUUCAUGUGUGUAAGAUACGCAGACCAUGUGAAUAAUGACCGGAGAGUCAGCAAUCUGCUCAAUUCCACCAUCAGCAGCAUCAAAGGCGUCAUUAAGGUGAAGUAUAUAACUAUGAUCAGUGCAAAUAAAACAUCUCAAGUUAAUCUUGAAUUCAUUUUUUUUAAGACUGAUUCUUUUUUCUCUUUAAAGAGAAGAGGAAGCGAUUUUGAAGUGGUGUCCUUCUGGUUGGCCAACACAUGCCGGUUAAUGCACUGUCUGAAGCAGUACAGUGGAGAUGAGGUCUUCAUAACGCAAAACACUGCGAAGCAGAACGAGCACUGCUUGUCCAACUUUGAACUGUCCGAGUACCAGCAGGUCUUUAGCGAUCUGGCCAUUCAAAUCUACUGUCAGCUCAUCAAAUGCAUGGAGAACAUCAUGCAGCCCCUGAUAGUGGCGAGCAUGCUGGAGCACGAGACAAUCCAGGGAGUUCUGGGGUCCAAGCCGACAGGCCUGAGGAAGAGGAGCACAAGUCUCCCAGAGGAGGAGGCGGUGACGGUGGAAGUCCUCCUGCAGCGUCUCGGCCUCCUCCACACCACCAUGAGUCAGCAUGGGAUGGACGCAGAACUCAUCAAGCAGGUGGUGAGGCAGCAGUUUUACAUCAUCUGUGCCGUCACCCUCAACCACCUGCUGCUGCGGAAGGACAUGUGCUCCUGGAGUAAAGGCCUGCAGAUCAGAUACAAUGUUUGGCAGUUGGAGGAGUGGCUGACAGAGAGGGAGCUGGCUGACUGCGGUGCCAAGGAGACUCUGGAGCCGCUCGUACAGGCUGCUCAGCUCCUGCAGAUCAAGAAGAAGACGGAGGCCGACGCCCAAGCUAUCUGCAACAUGUGCACUGCCCUCACCACAGCACAGAUCAUAAAAGUGUUGACCUUGUACACGCCAGUGAUUGAAUUUGAGGAGCGAGUGUCCACCACUUUCAUCGCAAUGAUUAAGAACAUUUUGAAAGACAGAGGGGAGUCCUCCACUUUGAUGAUGGACGGCAAGAAGAUGUUCUCCGUCACCCUCCCCUUCACACCCUCCUCGGUGGCUCUGGAGACUGUCCAGAUUCCUCUGAGCCUUAAUCUGAGCUUCCUCACCCGCAUCUAGACCAGUGACCUCUGACACUUACACCUUGUUCUCUGUGUCCGUUUUGGUCAGAAACACUACUAGGACUGUUGUUCACUAAAUGUUCUACCUUUUACUGAUGUUUUCAGUAUCGCUGAUCAUUUCAGCACUGCCGCAAAAAAAAAAUAUUUUGUUUACAUGCCUCUAUGUAUUAUGUUUUCAGCACUGUAUGGCCAAAGAGUAAUAAUUGUAUGAACAGUGAAUAUGAAAAACAUGUUUUUAAACAUUAUAUCUUGCCACA